AUGUUAGACUCCUUGGUCCGUGUUUCAAGACGGGUCGUUUACGACCAUUAUGCCAGCGUCCGUGCCGAAGCGCGUUCCUCGGUCCAGGCUGGCCGCACUGCACCCCCGGCUAUAAGGCGCCCCGAGAGGCGCUACAUUCCGGGAGCCGCUGACCGGCCGCCCAAACCGACGCUGGCCCGCCCACGGGGAAGUACACCGGCACGAAUGCCGGCUGAACCCCGCGGGCGAGUCUGGUCGCAAGCGCUUCCCUUUCAACAAUUUCACGUGCUGUUUAACUCUCUUUUCAAAGUGCUUUUCAUCUUUCGAUCACUCUACUUGUGCGCUAUCGGUCUCCGGCCAAUAUUUAGCUUUAGAUGA